CCACCAAUUCACCUACUACUCUCCAGAGCUGAUCGAAGCUAGCUUGAAAGCAUUUCCAUGGCGUUUCCAGUGGUCGACACCGAAUAUCUCAAGGAGAUCGACAAAGCUCGUCGUGACCUCCGCGCUCUUAUUGCCUUGAAGAACUGCGCUCCUAUCAUGCUUCGCUUAGCGUGGCACGACGCAGGGACGUACGAUGUGAGCACUAAGACUGGUGGUCCAAAUGGAUCCUUAAGGAAUGAAGAAGAGCUCACACACGGCGCCAAUAACGGCUUGAAAAUUGCUCUUGAAUUUUGUGAGGAAGUGAAGGCUAAACAUCCUAAGAUCACAUACGCAGACCUAUUCCAGCUUGCUGGUGUUGUUGCUGUUGAAGUCACUGGAGGUCCUACUAUUGACUUUGUACCAGGAAGAAAGGAUUCAAACAUUUGCCCCAGGGAAGGGCGACUUCCAGAUGCUAAAGGAGGUGCACCUCAUCUGAGGGACAUCUUCUAUCGAAUGGGUCUAUCUGACAAGGAUAUUGUGGCAUUAUCUGGGGGUCAUACUCUGGGAAGGGCUCAUCCAGAGAGAUCAGGUUUUGAUGGCCCUUGGACCAACGAACCUCUGAAGUUUGAUAACUCCUACUUCGUGGAGCUGCUAAAAGUUGAAUCAGAAGGGCUUCUGAAACUUCCAACAGACAAGGCUUUGUUAGAGGACCCUGAGUUCCGCAAGUAUGUAGAGCUCUAUGCCAAGGACGAGGAUGCAUUCUUCCAAGACUACGCAGAAUCUCACAAGAAGCUUUCGGAACUCGGGUUUACUCCUAAUUCCGCUCGCUCCAAGUCAAUCGUAAAAGACAGCACCGUAUUGGCACAGAGUGCUGUUGGGGUUGCCAUUGCCGCUGCGGUAGUGAUCCUAAGCUACCUUUAUGAAGUCCGCAAAAAAAUGAAGUGAAAGCUAGUAUUACCGUCUUUCCAGAACAGAACAGAACAUCAUCUAUUAUCAGCAGAACUUAGUAGUAUCAUCUGGCUAGUAAUGUAGUUGAUUUUCUCAAACAUGACAUCCUGUCGUAUUUUGGCCUUAUUGGCCGUAAAAUGGAUGACAAUAUUAAAGGUCUUCUAUUUUAAGUAAAUGACAA